AUGCCUGUGAAGCAUCCACAUUCUUCUGCUGAAGUUUCACCAUCUAUUACCGCUCGUCUUAUCCAUAAAUUCUCAUCUUCAUUAGUUUCAUUUAAAGACAGGAAGCACACCCCACCGGAGAAAGAAGGUAGCAGCUUCAGACAUCAGCGGUCUCUACGACACACCACCAAGUUUUGCUACAAUAAAAGUACGUGUGACAAAGACCCAGUGGAACCAUGCGGCACUUGCUACGCUGACGGAAUCGACGACCGCCGGUUACGACGGUUGGCGGAGCAGAGUGCCGAAUUCAAACCAGUCCUCGAUGGAGAUUCUACCUCCCAGAGACGCUUUCGCUCGCGUAUAUUGAAGACAGUGCCGGAGGUCGAUGCUGCGCAUGUUGCCUCAGGUCAGUCAAAUUACCAAGCUCGUGGCUUUGUCGGCAACUACUCAGGUCCGGAAGCCAAAAAAGUUAGACUAGACAUCAAAUCGGCGAAGAAAGAGCGAGAGGACAACCCUUCAACUUGCUCAGAGAUGCAUCGUCUUGUCGACAGCGAUGAUUACCUUCUUGCUCGAGGUGCAAACCCACGGACCGGAGUCGUUACACCGGGAUCGCACAGCGCUAGCAGCUCCAUUGAUCAGAAUCAAAACGACUUACCGAGAGUCGGGCGCCAGAUUCCCUCGAGUCGAUGGCGGCAAAGAGGUGAUCAAUGGAUCAGCUUGGAUCUAGAUGAGCCGACGCCUCUAUCAACAUCCCUGAACGAAGAACCCCUAGACCAUCAGCAUCAAACUCUCAGGACUCCACAGAAACUUGCAACUCGAGGAGAGCAAAAUUCAUUGCUUAACCAUGACGGAGGGCAUGGUGACCACACGAUUGAUCCAUUCUACGGGACUGGAGCGACCGUCCAACUUCAUCAGUAUCCGCUGGGGACCGGCAUGAAAGUGGAAGAUGUCCAGAGCGGGGUUGGACAAGUCAAUAUGCAGGACAAUAAAAAACUCAACAGACCAAUUAAGCGGAAGCCUGUUGGAAGUCCUCCGGGCAAAAGCACUGCAGAGCCAGUUUCGCAUCCCCACCGAGGUGCGAGCGGAAGUACAGACACCGUCCGAAGGAAUCCUCUGUUCAACAGCGAGUUGCGAUCCUCCUCGGCACCUCAUCCUCUGAAUGAGGUCUUGUUCCGACCUCAACCUGUCGAGAAGAAUCCACCAAGAAUUCCCGCCUCCAGCUCAGACACUGGAAGUCAAGCUGCAGAUGAUUCUUUUUUAGGGGUCACUCAGACGGACCAGCAAGUAGACGACCCAAGUUCAAAAACCUCAAACAUCUCUGGCCGUCACACAAUCGAAAAAGAACUACCAUGUCUGCCGAUGAACAAUGGCCUAUCCCGGUUGAUACCGGACCAGGUACCCUAUCCAACCACACCAAAGACAGAGAACGGAGCGAGCAUAACGGGCUCUCCAACCUUGAGCACCGCACACCCGAAGGGGCCGAGGGGAGGCGACUUGGUCUACCCCUACAUUCGCAGGCCGAAGCCAAUGUAUCCAAUUCCCCCAAUGGCGAGGCACAUCAACCCCAUAGGGGAGAGAGUCAUGCCAAUCCCAGAGUACGACAACCCUCCGAAGCACCUAUCGCAAUCGAUGCAGAUGACGAGGUCAGAAGUCGCAGAGCAAAGAACUCUGCGUCCGCGGGAAAUAAGAAUGUUAGGCAGAACGAGACAGGGCUUCGGCCCGUUGUCGAAUAUCACUACCAUACCCACAGACAUAUCCAUGGCUGCGAGUCAUCCUCUAAGGCCUCUUCGUAUGAGCCCAGGACAUCAACCGCCAGACCAUUGGAUGAUGAAUCGUGGCCAACGUGGUUUCCGCCCGCCACCACCUCCACCAAACGGUACAGGCAUCAUCAUGAACACUACCAUGACUAUGAGCGCCGAUGCCAUGAUGCCAAUCCCAAUGCCAAGGAUCAGGCCCAGGGAAAUAACCCGCCCUCCAAAGCCCAUGAGAUCAGAAGGGAUGUACGGCGUGCCCAGAAUCGGGCCGACAAGCAACCACUCAGCAUCAGCAGAUGUAAAAGCUCGACGUCUGGGGAUGUCAUCCGUCGUGGAGACUAUGGCAAGAGAAAACCCCGUCGUGCCGGAGACGAACCUUAUGCCCGAACCUCUAAAACCACGACAACAACCCUUCCAAAGGCCGGUACCAGUGAGCGACGUACCACUCGAUCGCGUAGAAAUGAUUACGAGCGAUCAUGGCCUGAUGAGGAAAUGCAGCCAUUGCAAUCAUGGAUUCGUGGACGUCAAGCUUCACAAUACAGAUAGUGUCACCCCUACGUCCGCCCUCCAGAAGGUUCUCGACAAACCAAACGCGGAGACUAAGUCUUUGCAUCCACGUGGAUGUCCACUUCCGGGACUUCCCCAGCAUACAGCUCCACAAGGAAAUGCAAAAGCCCAACACAAGACAACGGGUCACUUACACGAGAACGUAAAUGUCGUCGAUGAACGUGACCAUACCAUUUGCUGUCCCGAAUGCUGCAAACUAGAUUGUCAUGAAGGUUGUCUCGGUCAUCCCAGCCCAACACCGGCAUCGUAUCCUCUUGACGGCCUCUGGCCAGCAGCCCAAAGUUCAACCAGUCCUAGUGAACCAGAAACACUGGAAGAGGCAAGGCCCGAAGAGACUCAAGACAGAGCCAAGUUCACUAGACUGGCUGCCGCUAGGCCUGUUAUGAAGACGCCGUACAUGGAGGAAGAGGCAUCGAAGUCUGGCGAUCAUCUUCCGGCGGCCUUAUCCAACGCUGCCCCUAGUGAAUGGGCCAUGCACCCACCAACGCCAAUACUCGAGUCUCGUCGCGUCCCAGUCAAACGGUCGCCUGAUGCUGUUGCCGCAGCAUUGAGGGCGAUGGAACAGCCUUCACAGAAAAGAACUCAAGGGACAUUGACGGCAGCAUUCAAUGCCACCGGCCCAUCACAACGAAAAGUUUCUGCGCCGCGUCCCAUCCUCCACAGAAGACAAAGAAGUUCAAGCUUACCCAUCAUUGGUACGAGCAUGACUUCUCGCACAGCCAGUGCCAACGCCCAACAUCAGCGCGCGGCAAGCGGAGGGUCUUGGCUCCGCGUUCCAACACCUCUUGGUUUCGCGAUGACCUGCUCCAAAUCUGGUAAGGAUGGCACCUCGAAAAGUCGCAAUGUCAGUGGUGCGAGCAUCACGACCAUCGAGCUGCAAGUCCCGAAUCUCGUGUCCUUAGCCUCCUGUGGCAGCUAUGCUGCUAUUGGAGAUUUGCUUCUCAUACCUCUUGAAGCUGGCAAGAUGUGGGUUCGAAAUCACCCUCAAGUUUUCACUGUGGGAAGAGAAAUGGCCCAAAGAGGCUUGGUUAUGUCACAAGUCAUGACGAAGACGGGAUGGCGUCUGUGGGCGAUGGUAUUUGUGUACUCCAAGACAGGGAAGAUCAAGUUCCAUCUGAGUAAAGGGGAGACGGUGGGUGGGUUUGUAUUGGAUGUGGGCAGGAGUCUACUUUAUUUGAUCGUCUUUGCGGCGUUGAGUACGUUAGCCGUCCGGAUAUUGGGCUUAGUGCUGGGAUUGUUAGGGAUUGUUGGGUGGAUUGUAAGAAGUGUGUUUUGGGUAUUGAAGGGUAUUCUGGGGGCUGGGCGGGUGAAGUAA